ACUACUGCAUCUCCCUGCCUCAUGUGUGGUUCAUCAGAUGGCAGCAUUAGUGCAUUUGCAAGGAUUGGCAACAGUGGAGAUGACACAGAACCCCUUAUUAAUGUGCUAAGCUCAAUUUUGAAGAAGGCUGUGGUUGACAUUCCCUUGCACACUGAGGUCGUGUGUACAAAAUGUUUUAAAAAGUUUGAAGUCGUUCUCAAAUUACAAAACAAACUUGUGGAAAUCUGUCGAGAUGUUAUACAUUCCUUCAACAAGGCGGUGACACAGUUUGUAAAAUCAGUCAGUUUAAAAUCAGAAGAUAGUAAUGCCAUGAUAGGUGACAUCAGCACAAAGAAAAGUGAGUGUGGUAUUGUUGUUAGAGCUCUUUCCUUGGCCAACACCAAGAAAACAGAAAAGAAGCAGGACACUAAAUAUGAGAGAAAGUACAAGUGUCAGGUUUGUGAUAAAUCUUUCAUAGCUUACAGCCACAGAGUGGAACACAUGCUUACUCACACAAAAGAAAAAGCAUUUAAAUGUGAUAUCUGUGGCAUUCUUACGAGUACCAGAUCCAACCUUACUAGACAUAAACAGCAGCACACUAAAGAAUGUAUUUGUAGCAUAUGUAAUAGAAAACUGUGUAGUAAAGCUUCACUGAAAGACCAUAUGAAAAUCCAUAAUAAUGACAAACCGCAUCAUUGUCAGUAUUGUGGGAAAAGUUUUACCAGGUUUCAACAUAGGCGGGUACAUGAGAAGCUACACAAAAUAGAAGAGUCAGGUGCUUUUCAGUGCAAUAUUUGUGAGAGACGUUUUGUGAUACAGUCCAGGUUGGCCAGGCACAUGUUAAUUCAUGAUAAAGAGAAACAGUUUGUAUGUCAAUUGUGCAAUAAAAAAUUUUCAAGGAAAGACGACCUGAAGAAUCAUGAACGUAGUCAUACUGGUGAAAGGCCCUACACUUGUAAGGAGUGUGGCAAAGCCUUCAGAUACAUAUCCAACUGUAGACACCAUAUGAAGAUACAUAUGAAGGAGUCUGAUGGUCAUAGAUGCACUCACUGUAAUAUUUCUUUCCCAUCAGAAGCAAAAUAUGAAUAUCAUCUAAAAACUCGCAACCACAAAAAGAAGGUGUCGGAAUCAACAUUUGGCUCUACAGAUUACAUGCACUGCAGUAGUUGCAACACCUCGUUUAUUCCAACAGAUUUCAUGAAGCACAAGGCAACAUGUUCUGGAAAGACCCUGAAACAAGAAACAUCUGAAGAACAGCUGUAUUGUAGAAUAUGCUGCCUGACCUUUGAUCAUCUUGAACAGCUAACGGAGCAUUCUCUCCACGCUCACCACAUGGAGGGGAGUGCUCUUUCACAGGUUAAUGAUACUGGUAUUAUUAUUUCUCCAGUAGAUGGAGGGGAAGAGUUAGUGAGUUUAACACCUCUGACUAUGACAGAAGGUGUAAACAUGGUUGUGGCAGUAGAACCAAACAAUAGAACAUUGGAGAUUCCUGUGGUCCAAGCAGAGUCUGCUGCAACAACCUCUCUCCUGCCCACUUCAACCCUUAUAAGUGGACCAAGCACAGUUCUUACUGAGUGUUUAGGAAAUGGGACUACAAAUCUUGUAUCAAAUGCAGGGGUAACAAGUGGGGAACUAACAGAGAUUACAGGUGAAUCUGGAAUAGUAAGUGGUGAAGUAGUUGGUCAAGCUACAAUUGAACAUACUAUUAAUGCCAAUGAUACUGUCACCAUUUUAAAUCCUAGUACGAUUUUCAAGAUCAGUGACUGGGGUAUACAUUAAGAUGAAGACAGAAAGAUUUUGAAGUUUAAACAUAAUCCACAAAAUAUGACUACCAUCAGAGCUCAAUCUAAAACUUGUAAGGAUUUGACCUUUUCACCAGUUUUAUUUCAGUGAUAUCUGCUUUAUUCUCAUUGUUUAAUAUGUGAUAUUCAUUAAUUUUUAAUAUUUUUUCCCAAUCUACAUUUGCUCUGCUUGGCACAUCUGCAUGUUUUCCCAUAGGUACUCCAAUAUUGUGAUUUUUUUCUAUACUUGCCUUGUAAUUUUUUUCCCCAUUUCAUUUUAUCUAUUAUUGUAUACCUAUUCAAAUGAAACCAAAGUUUUAUCUAUAGAAGUGAAGUUCACUGAGUUCCCAUUUAUCAACAUUUUCCAAAAUUUUGGGUCUCUUCCUCACCUGGUACACAAAUGUAGUUUUAUAUAACCCCUUCCAAUAUACAUAUUGUUUUG